AAAAAACUGAUCUCAUCAGUUCCUCGUAACCGGAAAAUCAUAUUGAAACACCGCAACUCCUCCUUCCUCCUCCGCUUCUAUAGGUUUCCGUCGUCACACGUCGCAGAAUUUGAUUCGUUGACUGCUUUAACGUCCUCUCUCUCUCUCUCUCUCUCUCUCUCUCUUCGCCGCAGAUCCAUCUAUCUAUCGCGAAAGAUGAUCCGAUUAAGAACCUACGCAUGCGUCAGCUUCAUCGCCACCCUCUCAAUAAUCCACCACGCCUUCACCACCCGCGGCCAAUUCUACCCCGCCGCCGUCUACCUCUCCACCUCCAAGAUCAGUCUAAUGCUCCUCCUCAACAUGUGCCUCGUCCUCAUGCUCGCCCUCUGGCACCUCGUCAAGCUCGUCUUCCUCGGCUCCCUCCGCGAAGCCGAGGUCGAGAGGCUGAACGAGCAGGCCUGGAGAGAGCUCAUGGAGAUUCUCUUCGCCAUCACGAUCUUCCGCCAGGACUUCUCUAGUGGUUUCCUUCCUUUGGUUGUUACGCUCUUGCUGAUCAAGGCCUUGCAUUGGCUCGCUCAGAAGAGGGUUGAGUUUAUCGAGACGACUCCUAACGUCUCUAAGAUCGCUCACGUUCGUAUUGUUUCUUUCAUGGCGUUUCUUCUUGUUGUGGAUGCUCUCUUUAUGUAUAGCUCUGUGAGGCAUUUGGUUAGGUCUAGGCAGGCUUCGGUUUCUCUCUUCUUCUCUUUCGAGUAUAUGAUUUUGGCGACGACUACUGUGGCGAUUUUUGUGAAGUAUGUCUUCUUUGUUACUGAUAUGAUUAUGGAUGGUCAGUGGGAGAAGAAGCCAGUUUAUACUUUCUAUCUUGAGCUUAUCCGUGACCUGCUUCACUUGUCUAUGUACAUUUGCUUCUUCUUUGUCAUUUUCAUGAACUAUGGUGUGCCUUUGCACUUGUUGAGGGAACUCUAUGAAACCUUCAGGAACUUCCAGAUUCGUGUUUCUGAUUACCUUCGUUAUCGUAAAAUCACUUCCAAUAUGAACGACAGGUUCCCUGAUGCCACUACCGAAGAACUUACUGCAAGUGAUGCCACAUGUAUUAUAUGCCGUGAAGAAAUGACAACUGCCAAGAAGCUGAUAUGCGGGCAUCUGUUUCAUGUGCAUUGUCUUCGAUCCUGGUUGGAACGACAGCAGACAUGUCCUACUUGCAGGGCACUUGUUGUACCUCCUGAGAAUGGCACAUCUACUACAGCUGCAGGCCAACGAGGAUUACACCAAGGUUCUCAACAAGGUACUUCAAGCUCAGGUGCCCAGGGAUCUGAAACACGUUCUUCUGCUGGUGGUUCCAAUGAUAGUUUGAGCAGGCACCACGCCAGGCUUCAAGCAGCUGCUUCUGCAGCCGCCAUGUACGGGAAAUCAAUGGUUUAUCCAUCUGCAAACACGAUAGCAUGGUCGCAGCCGGGUCUAGAGAAAGCUUCAACAGAAGCACAUCAUCAUCCUUCAUCAUCAUCCUCUGACCCAACAUCUCAGCUUCCUGGUGAAAACUCUCGUGCCUAUGCAAAUAUCCCAGAGGCUAAGCUGGAAAAUAUGAAGAACUCUUUAGAGACCCAGCUCGAGGUUUUGCGAAACAGACUUCAUUUUCUGGAGAAGAGGAAAGUGGAAACCACAGGGGAAGCAGAUAACAAAGGAAAGACGGUUGUUGAUGCUUCUGUAGAUGGAGCAGAGUGAGUUGAAAAGAAAAUAGAGGGAAAGAAGAAACGAAACGAACUGAGACGAAGCAUAUAGAGAAAGGAGUUAGGCAUUGUGGUUUCUCCUCAAGAAAGACAAAAAAAAAAAAAAAGAUGUACACUGUAGUAGAUUUAAGCAGCUUGAACUGAAACUGAAAACCUAAACUUUGUUUUUCCUUUUUUUUAAUCACUGGGUUGGCAUAUUUACAGGCCAGACUCUUGUACUUCAA